AUGGCCUUCAAGGCAGUAGUGUUGGUCGGCGGACCGCAGAAAGGAACUCGAUUCCGUCCUCUCUCACUUCAGUUGCCCAAACCUCUCUUUCCAAUCGCCGGCGUUCCUCUUGUGGAACACCAUAUUGAUCAACUUUCUCAGGUACACCUUAGGACUGGUUUUUUAUUAUGCUCUUGA